UUUGGAUCCGAACACGCCAUUGACCUUUAUGUUUUAUCCCUCAUUUAUAUUUUAAAAAUCUCCGUGCCGAAUUGAUCUAUGUUUGAAUGGGAAGUGCGAGCAUAGAAGUAGUACUAUUAACAACAAAAUCGAAGAUCGGAUAUUUAGGAAUCAUCCAUGUCUAAUACGGACUUACGGAGUAUCUGGUGAAGAUCACAUAUUGAAUCAGAACUGAAUUUAGAUUGAUCGGCAACGAUGUCUCUAUUGAAUCAGCUCUUCAACAGAGGACUUCAGGCCUCUAAGUGCAAAACAUGUUUAACUUUGGCUGUCUCUCGCAUUAAAUUGCUGCAAAACAAGAGAGAUGUGCAGCUUAAGCUUAUGCGCAAAGAGAUAGCCCAAUUUCUGCAAACUGGCCAAGAAGCCAUAGCUCGAAUCCGGGUUGAACAUGUUAUACGAGAACAAAAUAUAUGGGCUGCAUAUGAGAUCUUGGAGAUGUUUUGUGAAUUUGUUCUUGCUCGUGUUCCUAUUCUUGAAUCCCAAAGAGAAUGCCCUUCAGAGUUGCGUGAAGCUGUGGCAAGCAUAAUAUUUGCAGCUCCCAGGUGUUCAGAUUUGCCAGACUUAUUACAUGUCAGGAAUUUAUUUGCAGCCAAGUAUGGGAAGGAGUUCGUAGCUGCUGCAUCUGAGCUUCGACCUGAUACUAGUGUCAACCGUACAAUUGUUGAGAAACUUUCAGUUAGCACUCCAUCCCCACAAGUGAAGCUCAAGUUAUUGAAGGAAAUUGCACGGGAGUAUAAUGUGGAGUGGGAUUCUUCUAAGACUGAAUCUGAACUUGGCAGAAAACCAGAGGACCUUUUGAAUGGACCAAAGCAAAUAGCCAAAGCUUCUCAAGUUUGUGUGGAGCAAAAUUCUCGACCAAGUUGUGAGAAUUCCUUGCUGUCAACGAAUGGUAAACAACGUCGAGAGCAUGAUCCUCAAUCUCCAGGUUGUGUUGCCAAGUCCAAGACACGACCCUUCUUAUCUGCUGAUACAAAUAAAGCAUCUUAUUAUCAGGAGAACAGUGGUGAAGCAGUAAGUGAUAUCAGGGAUACAAGAUCAGCAUCAUCAUCUAAUGUAUUGGAGAGAGCUGAGAAUGCUAUUAUGGCGGCAGAGCGUGCAUCAGCUGCAGCACGAGCUGCUGCAGAGUUGGUAAAUGUCAAGUUUGAAUCUGUGAAAGUAGAAGAGAAAAUUAUAUAGUAGUUAAAAUGCUUAACUAAAUAAACCGAAAAUGGAAAUGAGUGUGUAUGUACCCUUUUUUCAAAAGGGGAAGCUUGUGGCGAGAGUACAUGAGUGGAGGUUGAUGUUUGUUUUAUUGUGUGAAAUGGAUUGGGAAGCUGGAAAUGAAUAAAACUCUUUAGUAUAAGGAGAUGUUACUCUUUAGUUUAUGUAGGAAUAGGAAUUGAAGUGUAAUCUCCCUCAGCUGGUCCGUUGAGUUUCACUGAAUGUUUAAAGUGAGUAUGUAGGCAUUAUAUUUCUCUAAAAGAAUUGUUGUUACUCCUGCUGCAUGCAAUGCGUUUCAAGUUAUGGAUCGGAAGAGAUGAUGAAUUUGUGAAA